AUGCCGCCCCUAGGCCAGCACGAGCAGCCGUUCCGCAGCGCGCCGCCGCAUGUAAUGCCGGCAGCUGCCACAGCCGAGGCCCCGACAGUGACGCCACACGUGGCGGCGCCUAUGGCCUUUGCUGAGAGGGGCCAGGGCGCGGCAGGGGAGGUUCCGGGCUGCGCCUUGCGCAGCAGCAGUGAGGAGUUCGCAGACGGGCCAGCCCAGAAGCGGCCAGAGGGCAGGGCGCCGCAAACUCGGCGGCAGCCGGAUGCCGGUACGCUAGAGGCCGGCGCUGACGCCGACGGUGACGCCGACGCCUGCGUCGCGCCCGUGGGCACAUUUUGGGCUUCG